AUGCUAAAUUACUGUGUAAACAUACACAACGAGGGAAAUCUAUUGGAGAUUGUCUCCAUGUGUGGACCUCACGGCACACACGUGGCCAGUAUAGCUGCCGCACACUUCCCGGGUCAACCCGAUCGGGACGGUGUAGCGCCCGGCGCUCAGAUUGUCUCACUGUGUUUUGCUGACAAUAGACUAACUGAACAUUUCUACACCAGCUCAGCUAUGAACCGUGCAAUCGAGAUGAAAUGCAACGUUAUUAACAUUAGCAGCGGGUUGGAAGUAAGCGCACCGGUGUUGAAUUUUAUGCACCAAAUGGUCGAUAAGUACGGCAUUAUAAUAACGGUGUGCGCCAGUAAUGAGGGCCCAGCGCUGACCACAUGCCAACACCAGUGGGCACCAUAUCCACACCCAUUCAUAUACGUCGGCGGUUAUGUCUCGGCGGAUAUGAUGACAGCCCAGCACUCAAUACGCCCGACCAAUGGCCGCGGUCUGAGCUACACGUGGACAUCACGAGGUCCGGCGGAAAAUGGUGAUCUUGGUGUGAGUGUAUGCGCACCGGGCGGCGCCAUUACGUCGGUCCCCGUCUGGGAUCAAUCAAAAGCGGAUUUGAAAAGCGGCACUUCUAUGAGUGCGCCCCACGUGUCCGGUUGUGCGGCACUAUUGCUGUCCGGUUUGAAGGCUCUGUCAAUGCCUUACUCUCCAUAUAGUGUUCGCCGGAGUAUUGAAAACACGGCAUUAAAAGUACACGAAUACCAGCCCUUCACUCAUGGAUUGGGACUCAUCCAGGUAGAGAAGGCUUUCGCGCAUUUGUGUGAAUACAGUAUGGGUUGCACUGAACGGGACGUCAACUUUCACAUCACAACUAAUGAAAAGUAUGCCGGUAUUUAUCUCCGGGAAGUGCCAGAUGUCAAACACCCGACCACUCAUGUCAUCACAAUUAAUCCCUUUUUUCUCGACGAUAAGCAUAUUGAUAAUAAACAAAAAGUUGGAUUUGAGAUGAAGUUAAGACUCGUGUGCGACGACCAGUGGAUCACUUGUCCCACAUUCUUGCACCUGACUUACGGUACCAGAGAUAUCACCAUCGAAGUCAACCCUACCGGCCUGGAUGAUGGCCAGGCUCAUUUUACAUGGAUCAAUGCCUACGACACGGAGUGCGUGGAAAAGGGACCUGUAUUUCGCAUACCUGUCACUGUUAUUAAGCCCGAAAAAUUGCCCGAGACGUUAGAAUUGGUGCACAAACUUACGUGCAAAGCGGGUCACGUGUGGCGCCAAUUCCUGGCCAUUCCCGACACCGUUACGGCGAUGCAGGUGUGGAUAGUGAGCGACCCGACACAGGCGCACACCGGCGAGACUGAGUACUAUCUCCAGGCGCUGCAAAUGCUGCCCAUUGAGCGCCGGGCAGUCAACCACAUGGACGAGGAGUUUAGCUUUUCGGCCGGACAUGAGGUUGACUUUGACCGGGAGGUGACCGGUGGCCGCACUCUCGAGCUAUGCUUUGGCCAGUCGUGGAAAUGUGUGGACAGUACUAAAGUUACGUUCAACGUUGAGUUUUAUGGCUACCGGCCUUUGUCUAGUGAGCGUAUCGCCCGAAUGGAAAUACAAUGUAUGACCCGUGUUAUGACCAUUAAGCCCAACAUCUAUCUCAGUAAAUAUGUGAAAAUAUUAAAACCUGUUGAGCAUAUAGUUCGCCCACUGGGCGAUCGCGAUGUUAUACCAACCGCGCAGCAGUUAUACGAGUGUCUACUGACUUACAAAUUAAUCUUGGCAAAGGAUCAUACGGUGGACAUAGUGUACACUUUUGGCAGUGAUGUAGUUAUGGAAUACGUGAAUUUAAUCUGGAUGAUUUUUGACACACCGACCAAACGCCAGAUCUCUGCUGGUGAUUACAAUAGCAAAAAGCUUGAAUUGAUAUCAGGCGACUAUACAAUCCGGCUGCAAAUAAAGCACACAAACAGCGCCCAAUUGGAGCAGCUAGAUCAUUUGCCUGUACGCGUAGAGUACCCCAUAUGGCAAGAGCUAAACCUGUACCACACGUACAGCGACGCGAUACACGACCGGAGCCGGUGGGGUGUUAUCGAGUACAGUGCCGUACGGCCGGAGUCCGAGCGCACGGUGUUUAUCGCCGGUCUGACCGCCGCCCCCGCCGACGCACCGGCCGUUACCGUUGGCUCCUAUUUUGAGGGCACCAUUCAGUUGGAUAACCGACGACUGGUCCGUGUAUUCCCGUUCCGGUAUAUCGUGGACAGUGGCUAUCAGUGGGCGCCCAACGAACCGACAGACAGCGGCGCCGGUAGUGAUGACUGUGCGGACACAGGUGUUGAUGAAGAGUCAUUGUUGGAAGCGAUCGCGGAUUUAAAAGUUAAUUGGAUUUCAAAAUUACCGGACACAGAGUCGGACACAUUAUUCAAUGAGCUAAUAGAGACAGACGGCACAAACACACGGGCUAUAUUGGCCCGUAUGCGGGCACUCGAUGGGCCAGACCCUAGUGAUGAGCGCCGGCACCGGCAGAUAGUAUUGGCGGAUCAGGCGUUGGCUAUAAAUGGCUGUAAAAGUUUGAUUACAACUAAAGCCGCGCUUACUAUUGAGAAGCCGUCGCCCGACACACGGAAAGCGUUGAAAAAGUUAGAGACGGAAAUGUCAACUAUCUUAGAUGUGUUGGUCAUUAAAGGUGUGGCCAUUUGUGAGCUCAUAGACGGACAGUCGGUGUCGGAGCUGAAAGCGGAUCAAAUGAGUGAAGAGUCUUCUAAUGAUAGUUCCGAUUCUGGCAUUAAUUCCAAUGGACCAACUGUGCCAUCGUUUACCAUCUCGGAUGCGGAUCAGGUGUACGAAGAGAUCUCUAAACUAACAGAUGAUAUGUACGACACAACUGUGCGUGAAUUCACUGAACGUCACGCCCUUUUGCACCGGCACUACUGCCGGGCGCUGAAUGUGUAUCUCAAACAGUUUCUCUCUGCGCCCACACUUGAAAUAGGAUAUAAAAUGAUGAAGGCGUUCGCUUUCUGCAAACCAAGCGAUCAAAAGUUAACCAUUUAUCUCAUGAGAAACGUGUUAAAUGAGUCAAGUUUUGAACCUGGUGCUCUGAGUGGCAUAAAACGUCCAACACUUAUUAGCCUGGAAGAUCAACGUGGUCAAUUUGUGUAUCUUGAUGAGCAAGUUUUUCGUCCGUUUUAUGAGGCAGACGUCAGAAACAGCAUUUGGUUUAAAGGGGUUAAGGGGUUCGACUGUAACGACUGUCGGUCGUAUUGGUUGAUGAAGAAUGAGUUAUAUAAACGGGUUCCGACAUUAGCAUGUUCAGAUGAUAGCGCCGAUAAGCCGACCCACACGCCAACAGUGCCGCCCAUAUUGUACACCAAUUCCGGCCAAUCCAUAGCCAACUGCUCCACAAUCAGGGCUUCGAACGCGUGUUCGGGGAUUAGAUUAAUGCGAGUAAAGCCCGGCAGUGAUCGACGACGCGUU